UCCUCCCUGCGCGGUUCAGUGUGCAGGCAGCGGCGGGAUGGACAGUCGCUACACUAGCGGCUCGGGCCUGGGCGACCUGAACCGGCUGAGCGCGGCCAUCCCCGCCACCCGCGUGGAGGUGUCAGUGUGCUGCCGAAACCUGCUGGACAGAGAUACCUUCUCCAAGUCGGACCCGAUUUGUGUCUUAUACGUACAAGGAGUUGGAAAUAAAGAAUGGAGAGAGUUUGGAAGGACUGAAGUGAUUGACAACACUUUAAAUCCUGACUUUGUAAGGAAAUUCAUUCUGGACUACUUCUUUGAAGAAAGAGAGAAUCUGCGUUUUGACCUGUACGAUGUUGAUUCAAAGAGUCCCAACUUGUCCAAACAUGACUUCCUGGGCCAGGUGUUCUGCACACUGGGGGAGAUCGUGGGCUCGCAGGGCAGCCGCCUGGAGAAGCCCAUCGUGGGCAUCCCAGGGAAAAGGUGCGGCACCAUCAUCCUCACGGCAGAGGAGCUCAACUGCUGCAGGGAUGCUGUUCUAAUGCAAUUUUGUGCAAACAAAUUGGACAAGAAGGACUUCUUUGGAAAAUCAGAUCCCUUUCUUGUCUUUUACCGCAGUAAUGAAGAUGGCAGUUUUACCAUCUGUCAUAGAACGGAAGUGGUCAAGAACACGCUGAACCCCGUGUGGCAGGCGUUCAAGAUCUCCGUGCGAGCCCUGUGUAAUGGGGAUCACGACAGGACCAUCAAGGUGGAGGUGUACGACUGGGACCGAGAUGGCAGCCACGACUUCAUUGGGGAGUUCACCACCAGCUACCGGGAGCUCUCCAGAGGGCAGUCGCAGUUCAAUGUGUACGAGGUGGUGAAUCCAAAGAAGAAAGGAAAGAAGAAAAAGUACACUAAUUCAGGCACCGUAACCUUACUCUCUUUCUUGGUGGAAACAGAAGUUUCAUUCCUUGACUACAUCAAGGGCGGAACGCAGAUCAACUUCACCGUGGCGAUCGACUUCACAGCAUCAAAUGGGAACCCCGCACAGCCCACCUCACUGCACUACAUGAGCCCCUAUCAGCUGAACGCCUAUGGCAUGGCGCUGCGUGCGGUGGGCGAGAUCGUGCAGGACUACGAUAGCGACAAGAUGUUCCCCGCCCUUGGCUUCGGGGCCCGGCUGCCCCCCGACGGCAGGGUCUCCCAUGAGUUUGCGCUGGCCCCACAGCAGUGUGUGUCCCCUGGGCUGGCUGCCUGCAAGCAUGCUGACCGCCGCGUGCUGUGCCCGCAGAAUGGGAACCCGCAGAACCCCUACUGCGCUGGCAUCGAGGGUGUCAUGGAGGCCUACUACCAGAGCCUCAAGUCUGUGCAGCUCUAUGGCCCUACCAACUUCGCACCCGUCAUCAACCAUGUGGCCAGGUAUGCCUCCUCCGUCAAGGAUGGCUCCCAGUACUUUGUGCUGCUAAUAGUGACAGAUGGCGUCAUCUCGGACAUGGCUCAGACCAAGGAGUCCAUUGUGAACGCGUCCAGACUGCCUAUGUCCAUCAUCAUCGUGGGAGUGGGGCCAGCCGAGUUUGAUGCGAUGGUAGAGCUGGACGGGGACGAGGUACGUGUGUCCUCCAGGGGCAAGUUCGCAGAGCGUGACAUUGUACAGUUUGUGCCCUUCAGGGACUAUGUGGACCGCGGAGGCAACCACAUCCUGAGCAUGGCGCGGCUGGCCAAGGAUGUGCUGGCCGAGAUCCCUGAGCAGUUCCUGUCCUACAUGCGUGCCCAUGGCAUCAAGCCAGCCCCUGCACCCCCACCCUACACGCCGCCUGCCGCCACCCUGCUACAGACACAGAUAUGAGCCCCUUCCUGAGCUGGAACUGUAAAUACUACCUAGGAGGCCAGGGAUGGCAGCUGCCUAAGGGAAGCUGCCCCUUCCGCCCGGCCUGGGCCUCCAGCUCCAUGUUUACACGUUGUCACUUUUUAACUUUCACUAUUUUUAUAACCGUUCUUAAGAAUACGUGUUUUAACACGGAAGCCGCCGUCUCCUAAGUCGCAAUAGCUGUCCUCAUGAGCAAUAUCUCUCUGGGUGGACGCCCAGCACCUAGCCAGCAGGCCGGAGGCAGCCUGCCCUCCCAUACCUGAAGGGGCCUUGCCCUCCCUCACCUGGAGGGGGCCCUGGGGUCCACCCACUGCCCAUGGGGCUGAAGGCCUCCCUGGGGAAGAGCCUGCUCCUGGAGAGAGGGCCUUGGGCAAUGCUGUCCUGCAGGGGGGUAUGGGGGACCCCAAGAGGCCCCUCUGCUCAGUCCCUGGGCUCUAAGGCCCCUGGCCGCAUGGCCCUGGGUGCAGGUGGGUGCCCCCCGCAUGGCAGCCAUGGCCCUGCUCACAGCCCCCCUGCCCCAGCACUGGCACAGUGCACUGGAAGGGUCUGCAUGUCCAGUUUUUACCAGAAUCACAGUUUGCGACAUCAUGUCCGACCUAAAGCAUUUCCUUAGAACUAAUGGCCUUAAAUUCUCAUGGAAUUCCUGGAAACAAUUGUGACUUGCCUUCAAAUAAUAGAAACGUGUAUUUUUCUUUUGUGUUAACAAUGUCACUGCUUUGUAUAUAUACAUAUAUAUAUAUAUAUAUAUAUGUAUCUUUUCCUAACUGAUGUCCGAUUUACUAUGGUUUGUUUCUACUGUAUGUUCUAUCUGCUCCACACUGAUUUUUAUAAGCAUGAAACUAUUUUACUGGAAAAAAGUAUAUAUACAUAUAUAUAUAUCUACAUAUCUAACAAUAUGAUGUUCUGACAAUGUAACACUGAAUUGUCCAUUUUAAAACACGUAUUCAAGCCUCUGAAGGGUGACUUUCUCAAUGACUGUCGUGUGAGUGACACCGAGCCCCCAUUCCUGGUUGGUCCUCAGUAUAACUCUAGUACAGCCCAGUGACCUACGUGUUUUUAUUUCCCCUCCUCCACAAAAUCCAAAAAUAAACGAGGUCAGUAUUGUU